AUUUGGAUAAAUUCAUAAACAACUUGGAACUCCAACUUAAAUCAGAGGUGGAUCAAUGCAUGUAUUCAAACAGGUCACUGGCCCUGUUCAAUUUAGAGAUUCCCCUAAGACAGCAGACAGAGGUAAUAUGACAUCUCCACCACUCCUGGAUGCCAACCCUAUGGAGAACCCAGCACUGUUUAAUGACAUCAAGAUUGAGCCCCCAGAAGAACUUCUGGCUAAUGAUUUCAAUGUGCCCCAGGUGGAACCAGUCGAUCUCUCCUUUCACAAACCAAAAGCUCCUCUCCAACCUGCUAGCAUGCUGCAGGCUCCAGUGCGUCCUGUCAAGUCACAGCCUGCUCCCCAGGCCCUUGUAGUAUCCACUUCAACAUCUGACACAAGCACUUCGGCAAACAUUCCUACAGUUCUGACUCCAGGCUCUAUCCUGGCCCCUCAGGGCACUGGAAGCCAGCAAAUCUUACAUGUGAUUCACACCAUCCCAUCAGUCAGUCUGCCAGAUAAGCUGGGUGGCAUGAAGACCAUCCCAGUGGUGGUGCAGUCGCUGCCCAUGGUCUAUACUACUUUGCCUUCAGAUGGGGGCCCCGCAGCCAUUACAGUCCCACUCAUUGGAGGAGAUGGCAAAAAUGCUGGAUCAGUGAAAGUUGAUCCCACCUCCAUGUCUCCACUGGAGCUUCCAAGUGACAGUGAAGAGAGUGCAAUUCAGAGUGGAUCCUCAACCUUAAGGAGUAUUCAGGGACUACAGCAAGAACCAGCAGCAAUGACCCAAACGCAGGGAGAAGAGUCCCUUGACUUGAAGAGAAGACGGAUUCACCAGUGUGACUUUGCAGGAUGCAGCAAAGUGUACACCAAAAGCUCUCACCUGAAAGCCCACCGCAGAAUCCAUACAGGAGAAAAACCUUAUAAAUGCACCUGGGAUGGCUGCUCCUGGAAAUUUGCUCGCUCAGAUGAGCUCACCCGCCAUUUCCGCAAGCACACAGGCAUCAAGCCCUUCCGGUGCACAGACUGCAACCGUAGCUUUUCUCGCUCUGACCACCUUUCCCUGCACCGCCGUCGCCAUGACGCUAUGUGAGCAAUACAACUGCACUGGAAGAACUGCCCUGUUCUCUUUCUUGUGUGUAUGCUGAGGUCAUGAGCAUCCUUGCCUCUGUGCUAGGGUUGGAGCAGCUCACUGAACUAGGUUGAUGAAGCUGGAGGAAGAGAUAGCUGGAAUCCCAUAGAGGAGACCUCAUAUUCCACCUUCACCUCUCCACUGACCAGUCCCCAAUUUUUUCAACCUCUAUAUGGGUUGAAUUCCACUGUGGCACCAAUGGUUGCCCCCUUACCCUUAACUUCUGGUCUUCCUGCUCGGAGAUAAGACAUUGUCCUACCAUAGCAAAACAGGAAUCAACUCAAGGCUGUGAACAAAUAAGCUGCUUUUCCCUAAUAUUUUUCUCUUGUUUUCUAUAAUUCUUAUCCAUAUAUUUUGAAUCCAUACUGAAAAGUGAAUGGUAGUGUACUAAGAUACUGUUUUCUCAAAAUCUCAGUAGAAGAGCACAUAACAAUCUAGCAAGUUGAAAGAUUUGCAGGAAUUUGUGUCCUAAUUGUAGGGCAUAUUCUCAAAGUAAGCUGAAUUCCAUACCAAACUCAAAGGUUCUGUAAAUACAAUCUUAUUUGUUUUUACUGUUUGGUUUUCAGGCAGUGCUGGUGCCUCUGCUGAAUUCCAUGGAAAGGGGUGAAGGGGUCCUUGUCCUCAUUGUCUUCCUCAUUCUCUUUCAGGAUUAAAGACUUUGUGACACAAUCACAUGCUUUGUUAAAAUGAAUUUGAAAAAAUAUUCAAAACACACACAGUCAUCCCAGUAAGGAGAAAAGUGUUCUAGGAGACAAGGAAUAGACCCAGGAUCAUCCUGAAAACAAAGGAGUGUAACAUUGGAUAGUAUAUCAGAAGUGCUGUAAUCACAAACCUCUUUCAAAUGGCAGUCUGUUGAGACAGUGUCUUCAAAGACUGCACUGUACUUUUUAUUCUUUUGUUUCUAUAAAACAGUUGUUACAUGUUAUUGCAUGAUGAGAAAGCAUACACUGAGGUCGUGUUCUACAGAGGUGAAAGUUUGGAUAACAAAUCUUUUCAUUCUGUGUCAUUAUUAUUAGCAUGCAGCCUGGUAUUUCAAAUGGAAUAUAAGAGGCUUCCAGGGAAAACUGAAAUAUAAAAAACAAUUUGAUGGUCUGCAACUGAUAUGAACACCUAAGCCAUUCUUUUAGCCAUUAAUGACAUAUUGUUUAAUAUAUACAUUUGGUUAAUCAGACUGUUUCAAAUAGUCUCUGGACCAUAAUAAGCUCUUUGUUCCAGGCCUGAACUUCAGAUCUACGUCCACAUGACAUAUUUCCUCUCUGGAGAGGUUGUGUGUAAUGGGGGGAAGGAAGUGGAUGGGUGUGAAUGAGAGUUUCAAAACAUAAUUUUGGAUUCAACCUCUUUUAAAAUUUGUUUUCAUGUUGAAUCCUCUAUUCCUUGGAAGACAUUCUGCAAGUUGCUGCUUGAAUAAUUUAGAUUACUUCCUCCCAAAUAAAUAUAUUCUGACUAAUUCAUAAAAUUCUAGCAUUAAGAAAAGAUUCCAUCUAAUCCUAUCUAUCAUUCAUAUUUUAUCGAUGCAACAAAUAUGUGUCAGAUUCUUCCCAUUCAAUUAUGUUACAAUGAACAUUCCCCAGGUAUUUCAUUGAGGCCUUAUAAACUUGCACACGCAGUCUCCCAGAGACCACAUUUUCAUUUUAAAACCAAAUAUUUUUUCACUUGAUUGGCUGCAACAUUUAUCCAACUUUAUAUUUUAAGCUUCAGAAAACUUUAGUGAAUAAAACACACUUGUGAUUGAUAUAUGCCAUUGAGCAUGCACUUUCUUUACUAUAACACUUUCUUAUGUUAUCUCAAACCUCACCAACCUCAUUUCAAUUUAGCAAUGUCUUUCCAGGCCAUAAACUCCCAAUAAUUCAUGGUCUUUCCAAAUCUUUUAAAAUGAUAUGUGGAAUUUUGCCAUUAUCAUUGUUAUUUUGCAGUGGGAUAGUCUCAAAUUUUUGGUGUAGAACUUCCACACUCUAGAAUAAUUGCUAAACCACUAGAAAAUAUGUAAGAUUAAUCUGUCAAGGGCAAUUUUAUAUAGCUUAAAUUAUUCCUGUUUCUUUUGAUAGCAAGAUAUUGUUAAUGGUAAAUUGCCAUCAUACAUUGAUUUACGCUAAUAAUUGAAUGGCUGAUACAAGAUUUUACAGUAGAGUACCAGAGCUUACUAAUUUUCUCUAAAGUUUGAAUUCUGAAACUCCUUUUUCAGUUUAUAAAUGAAAUCUGCUUCUCAGACCUCAGAAUAUUUGCAUUGUAGCCUAUGAUUUAUUUAUAAAUAAAGGCUAUCAAACAUACUAUUGUACUAACUAGGAUAAUAAUAUUAGGAUUCCAAGUCAGGAUUCCAAAUUCAGAUUCCAAUUAUUUCUAAAUUCUUUAAUAAAUAUGUCAAAAUACUAAGAUUAUGUCAUAAAGCAUAGUGAUUCAAAUAUAGUAGAACUUACAAAUAGUGCGGAAUCACAUAGAAUUUUGCUAUACAGACGCUGAGAUUCAAAGGACCUAAAAUUAUCUCUUUCAUAUUGUUUUGUACUUAUUUUAAUUUAUCUGUUCACAUCAGCAAAGCCUCAUUAUGUGGAGAGUUGCCUCAGGCAUAGAAAAAGCCUUGUUAGCUAAAGUUGAAUAAUAUCCUGGUGUUGGUUACAGAGAAAUUUCUCUACCUGUAGAUGAUUAGUAGUUGAGAAUAGCUAUGAUGGUUAUAAUUGCAAGUUUUAGAGAAAACUGUAAAGAGUGUGAACUGGUGGGUAUAUUUGAUGGAGUCCAUUAUGAGUAAGAAGGAAAGGUUUGUGAGACUACUUUUUAAAUAAACUUUAAAAAUUUUAGAAUAGUUCUAAAUUUACAGAAAUAAUUCAAAGCUAAAACAGAG